CCUUUCAUUCCAGUAGAAGUCUGUUGGGGAUGAGUCACUGGUGCUCAGAUUCUGAAAGGUGAGGGGGUCUGACUCCUCUGCUCAAACGCUGAGCUCCUUCUUCCUGGAGUGGAUUUGGCAGGGGUGUUGCAGUCCUUGAUUUGCCCGGUCUGGUUUCUGGGGCCAGGGCUGGGUUUCCCUCAUGUAUGGCAAGAGUCGGACAUGCGCUGUGCUUCUCCUUGGCAUACAGCUCACAGCUCUCUGGCCUGUAGCAGCUGUGGAAAUUUACACCUCUCGUGUCCUGGAGGCUGUCAAUGGCACAGACCUUCGGCUGAAAUGCACCUUCUCCAGCUUUGCCCCUGUGGGUGAAGCGCUAACAGUGACCUGGAAUUUUCGUCCACAAACUGGGGGACCUGAACAGUUUGUAUUUUACUUCCAUGUGGACCCUUAUAAGCCCAUGGGUGGUCGUUUCAAAGACCGGGUAUCCUGGGAUGGGAACCCUGAGCGAUAUGAUGUCUCCAUCAUUCUCUGGAAGUUGCAGUUUGACGACAAUGGGACCUACACCUGCCAAGUGAAGAACCCACCUGAUGUGGAUGGACUGAUAGGGGAGACCCAGCUCACUGUUGUGCGAACAGCACGCUUCUCUGAGGUCCAUUUCCUGGCUCUAAUAAUUGGCUCGGCUAGUGCACUGAUGAUCAUAAUAGUCAUUGCGGUGGUCCUCUUCCAGCAUUUCCAGAAAAAACGCUGGGCUGAAAGAGCUCAUAAAGUGGUGGAGAUAAAAUCAAAAGAAGAGGAAAAGCUCAACCAAGAAAAAAGGAUUUCUAUCUAUUUAGAGGACACAGACUAACAUUCUUUAAUGGAAGCUGAAGAGUUCCAAGAACCUUACAAUGAAGAGUUCCAAGAACCUUACAAUAAGUUGAAGUUAAUGGGAGCUUUCCUUUAGCUUUUCCAGUUGUUACCUGCCUUCCAGCCAGCUCUACGAUACAUGGCCAUCUACAUAAGCAACAUCCUCUGGAACCAGCCAAGGGCCCUUCUUGAGCAGAGAACACUAGACUCAGAUAACAGCCUAUCACCAAAGCUUUAUUCAAUUUUAGAGUGCAAAUAUUUCUGAGAUGUUCACUAGUUUCUGUAUGCAAGAAACUACAUUUUUUGCCCUUAAACACUCCUCGUGGAUUGUGACUUGUGUACACGUACGUCUAUUGGCACCAAAUGGGAUAAAGACCAACUUGUUUAACCUGUUAUUUCUUUAGAGCAACACUCUUGCUACUACAGUUAAUGUGUUCACUUUAUACUUUCAAUUAAAAGGCAAGCUAAUUCUCCUAGCUGCUUUUAACUGAUCAACAGAACAUUCUGAAAUCAAAUGAUUAAACAAACAGCAGUUUGAUUUUAUGACUCUCCUUAAGCACAAAACAUAUCUUAUUUGUUGAACUUCUUCCAAUAUCCUAGAUAAUAGUUUUUUUUUUUUUUUUGUCAAUCCAAAGUUUACAAUAGCAUAAGUCUAAAUCAGAGCCACUAGAAAAAGCUACAUCAGUGCUAGUAGGUUCACAAGUGACAUCAUCUCAGGACAGAUUGCUUGUUGCUUUUUUUUUUCUUUUUUCAUUGUAAAAUGAUCAAUGAUGGAGAGCCCUCAUGAACAAUGAGUAAUUGCUUAGGUGAUUGCGGUCUUACCCCAACUCAGUGAUCUAUAACAAUAGCAACAGCUCUAGUCUAUGCCCUGAAGUUAUUAUACUUGUAGACUGGAAUUAUUAACCAGUUAUAAAGAAGAACUCUGAAAUAGUAAUUAUUAGGAACUUAAAAAAUUUAGGACUGGUGAGAAAAAUCAACCCUAAAUGAUUUAGUUUUGUAAAGUGCUAUACAAAUCUCUGAGAACUGGAAGAGGUUAUUUAAAUGGACUAUUUUAUUAUUAGUUUUUCACUUUCAGGUACUUGUUUAUUUCAGGGGAGGGAAGAUUUGCCAUGGGGGCAGAGAAAAAUCAAAACUAACAGAAUGAACCCAACUUUAUUCUUGUUUCCCUUAAACCAAUAGUAGGUGGAACAAACUUUGGAACUUGGCAGUGGAAAUAAGAGUGCUUUCUGUUUAGUUUCUCAGUCUCUUUUCUAACUUAACUUACAGUAUCAUUUAUUUGAAGAAUAGAAAACAAAAACAAUUGGAUUAUCCUCCCACACCUCCAAUCUUUACAGCUUAGUACUUCAGUUUUCAUUGACUGGGAUGAAGAUGAUAUUUUAAUAAACCAGAAUUUUUAGACAGAUUAUCUGAAUGUAAAGACCUUAAACUUUUCUAAAUUCCCAAUACUUUGAAUAACAGUGCAAUUUGUAUAUGAACCUUGAUUCUGAAAUUCACUCUGUACUAGUCUAAUUUUGCCUUUCAUAUGGCUUAAAAAAGUAAAAUUCCAAAACACAAUUUGAGAAUUAAUUAACAGUUGAAGUCUAUCUUACCUUUAGUUCAGUUUUAAUUCUUUUCAUAAUUCAACUUUUAAAAAUGUAGUAACUGGAAAUUUCUUCAAACAAUGGCCUGGAUGAUGUUCCCUAAAUAUAAUGAAGAAGUAUUAAAAACUCAUGGGAAAUCUUUCCAGCAAAACUUGCAGCUUGUGUCUUGACUAAAGAUUCCUGGGUUAAUAUGCUCUGUUCAAUAUUUCUUCCUAAAGAGAAUUUUUGUAUUGUAAUUUAUUUUUAUUGUGCUUGAACACUAUACUAUGUAAAUAAACUUGAGUAAUAAAGAACUGUCAGGUAUAUAA